AUGCAACGACCGUCGCUAGCAAGGCGAUGUACAGACACAUCCUCAUCAACGAAACGUCCAGUCCACCUGUUGCUACGAGGCAACUCGGCACAGGACGUCUAUACUGUGAAACCUGAGCACACUGGAGAAUAUAUCCCGAAGUCGAGGCCAUUACCGUACACACGACCCAGCUCGUCUUCCUCAUGCUCAUCAGACGAAGACAGUGUUUUCGAUGAUGACCUUCGGCGGGACACAUCAGCACACUAUGACUACUACUCGGACGACACAGAAGACGAUGACGAAGCAGACAUGACCACUCUCAACCUGUCCUCAUCGGGCUUCACAUCAAUGCCUGCCCAGCUCCUCGCAGAAACCGACUGCUGCAUGCAAAUAGAAACACUCGACAUGUCACAGAACAUUUUAGACGGUGCUCAGGAAGAAUACCUAUCAGAACAGAUUGUCCUCCCAAACCUAUCAUCACUGUGUCUGGAGGACUGCAAUGUGACGAGUCUCGAGCCACUAUGCAAACACCUAUACGCACCAAACCUACGGGUACUGAACAUCUCGAAUCAUCGGUUACGCGGCUCAGUGCCACAAUUACAACGCUACUUUCCGAAACUCGACACUCUUAUCGCCAGCAACGGCAAGUUCGAGCACCUGGACGAGUCUGUGAUAUCGAGUCUCACUCGAAUCGACCUGUCCAACAACAACCUCACAGACACAGAUGGUUCGCUAUGUGAGCGGUGUAGGCGGCAAGGCACUGAAUUGGUUCUGUGA